CACGUCUCAACUUCAUGGCAGCGAUAGCUUGUUUAGACUUGUCGUGAAAUAUUUUUUUGUAUUGAACAUAAGUUGAAUUGUUUUCAGUGUAUAUUUUUGAAAAUAGUGCAAAAUGCCACUAAGAUUGGAUAUAAAGCGUAAGCUAACAGCUAGGUCUGACAGAGUCAAAAGUGUAGACCUCCACCCGACAGAACCAUGGAUGCUAUGUUCAUUAUAUCAGGGAAAUGUAAAUAUAUGGAAUCACGAAACACAAACAUUGGUCAAAACAUUCGAAGUAUGUGAUUUACCAGUGAGAACUGCAAAAUUUGUGCCCAGAAAAAAUUGGGUUGUCACUGGGUCUGAUGAUAUGCAAGUUAGAGUAUUUAAUUAUAAUACUCUAGAAAGAGUUCAUGCUUUUGAAGCUCACAGUGAUUAUGUUAGAUGUAUUGCUGUACAUCCUACACAGCCUUUCAUCCUGACUAGUAGUGAUGAUAUGUUAAUAAAAUUAUGGAACUGGGAAAAAGCAUGGCGUGGACAACAAGUAUUUGAGGGCCAUACACACUACGUCAUGCAAAUAGUUUUCAAUCCAAAAGAUAAUAACACAUUUGCAAGUGCUUCACUUGAUAGAACGGUGAAGGUAUGGCAAUUGGGAUCAUCUACUGCUAAUUUUACUUUAGAGGGUCAUGAGAAAGGUGUUAAUUGUGUAGACUACUAUCAUGGAGGUGACAAACCGUAUUUAAUAUCUGGAGCUGACGACAGAUAUGUCAAAAUAUGGGAUUAUCAAAACAAAACAUGUGUUCAAACUCUUGAAGGCCACACACAGAAUAUUUCUGCAGUAUGUUUCCAUCCUGAAUUACCAAUAGUUCUCACUGGCUCUGAAGAUGGAACAGUCAGAAUUUGGCAUGCUGGAACUUAUAGGCUAGAAUCAUCUCUUAAUUAUGGAUUUGAAAGAGUAUGGACAAUUGCAAGCAUGCGAGGCUCAAACAACGUUGCUAUAGGUUAUGAUGAGGGUAGUGUAAUGAUCAAAGUUGGCCGAGAAGAACCAGCAGUUUCGAUGGAUUCUGUUGGAGGAAAAAUAGUAUGGGCAAGGCAUAGUGAAAUUCAACAAGUCAAUUUAAAAGCAAUGGGUGAAGAAGUACAAGAUGGAGAAAGAUUGCCUUUAGCAGUGAAGGAUAUGGGUGCUUGUGAAAUUUAUCCUCAAACUAUCCAACAUAAUCCUAAUGGAAGAUUUCUGGUCGUCUGUGGUGAUGGAGAAUAUAUCAUUUAUACUUCUAUGGCUUUAAGAAAUAAAGCUUUCGGACAAGCUUUAGAAUUUGUGUGGGCUGCUGAUUCAAGUCAAUAUGCAGUACGUGAAAGUUCAUCAGUUGUUAAAGUUUUCAAAAAUUUCAAAGAAAAAAAAGCUUUAAAACCUGAUUUUGGGGUUGAUGGAAUAUUUGGUGGUUAUUUAUUAGGAGUAUCGUCAGUCUCAGGCUUAUCUUUCUUUGAUUGGGAUACUCUCAAAUUAAUUAGACGUAUAGAUAUUCAACCAACACAUGUAUACUGGGCCGAAAAUGCUUCUCUUAUAGCUUUGGCAACCACAGAUCAGUACUUCAUUUUGAAGUAUCACAGCGAAGCAGUAAGCAAUGCAGAUGAAAAUGCAGAAGAUAUCGAAGAUGCAUUUGAAAUGGUAGCUGAAAUGAGUGAAGUCGUUAAAACUGGAUUAUGGGUUGGAGAUUGCUUUAUUUAUACAAACAGUGUGAAUAGAAUUAAUUACUUCGUAGGUGGUGAAGUUGUAACUAUUUCACAUCUAGAUCGACCGAUGUAUCUUCUUGGAUAUGUUCCUAGAGACAACAGGCUAUACCUUUGUGAUAAAGAAUUAGCGAUCGUCUCGUAUUCAUUAUUAUUAUCAGUCUUAGAAUAUCAGACAGCUGUAAUGAGAAAAGACUUUGAAACAGCUGAUAGAGUUUUACCGACAGUUCCAAAAGAACAUCGUACUCGUGUAGCUCAUUUCUUAGAAAAACAAGGCUUUAAAAAGCAAGCUCUUGAUGUUUCUACAGAUCCAGAACAUAGGUUUGAACUUGCAUUGGCUCUUGGAAAUUUAGAAACCGCACACAUUCUUGCUAAAGAAGCAAACAGUCAACAAAAAUGGAGACAGUUGGCCUCUCUUGCAACACAGAAAGGAAAAUUGAGAUUAGCUCAAGAAUGCCUACAUCACGCACAAGAUUUCGGUGGAUUGCUUUUACUUGCUACGAGUACCGGGAAUGCAGAGAUGAUUGAAAAGCUUGGCGAUGCCGCGGAUGAAAGUGGCAAAAAUAAUAUAUCUUUUCUUUCGAAUUUUUUACUUGGUGACGUUGAUAAAUGUCUCGACAUUCUGAUUAAAACCGACAGGAUUCCUGAAGCAGCAUUCUUCGCAAGAGCUUAUGCACCUAGUAAAAUUUCUGAUGUUGUUAAAUUAUGGAAAGAAAAAUUAUCAGCAGUGAGUGAAAAAGCUGGACAAAGUUUAGCUGAUCCUGAACAAUAUGAAAAUUUGUUCCCAGGAUAUAGAGAGGCUCUUGAACUUGAACAAUUUUUAAGAAAAGAGAAUACAAAAAAAAUACCUGCUUCUGAGUUUCCAACAUUGAAGCUAAAUAUUGAGAGAAAACCGGCUGAAGAAAUGAUGGCAGCCAAGGAAGCAGGUCAAUUUGUUCCUGCCAGUACUAGUGGAUCUAAAAAAUCAUUGUCAGACUCAACAGAAAAUCUAAGAAAUCGUUUGCAAGAUCUUGGCAUUGAUGUUACAUCAGAAUCAUCUAAUCAGACUAAUCCAAAAAAUACUAGUACAGUACGUCCAUUGACGAUGGAUGACGAUUUGGAUUUAGAUAUAGAAAUUGAUGAAAACAUUGAUACAACUGAUGUAAUUCUUGAUGAAGAUCUUCUAGAGGAUGACUAAUCGUUUG